AUGGGGGACAUCCACAAGGAGGAAGUCGAGAAGGGCGCGGACUCAAGUAGUUCCAAACCCGAAGGGGAUCUAGUGAGCAUGAUGUCCCAAAUGAUGGAAGAUUUUAGUCGUGAUCUCAAACAAGAGAUGAGAGAAUGGGAUGCCCGGAUGGAUGCCCGGAGGAAGGAGUUCGAGACCCGAUGGAAAUCCAAUCAAAACACCUUGGUUGGAGCCUUAAAGGAGGUUCCGUGCAUCAAGAUCCAACAUAUAGUGUCGAGGGGCAAUGGAGGCUAUAGGGAGUAUGAUGGCAAGGAGUGUGGAAUGAAUGGUGAUGAUAGAGGUGACUAUGAAUCAAGGUACCAUGAAGAUGGACUUGAGAGGAGAAGUAGAGAGAAACGAGCUCUCAUGUCUCAUGGAGAGUGUCAUUCUAGGAGGGUGAGAGAUCAUGUUAACCAUAAGGGGUUUGAGAGGCUAAUUGAAGAAGAAGUCCCAUAUAGAGCUCAAUUGAGGCCUACCUACCCAUAUGGUGGUGUUGACACAAACCAAAGAGGUAACUCAUCAAGUCAUUUGACUACAUCCUCUUCUUUCCAUUUCUCACAUAAGCCGCUUGAUGUAUAUGGAAAUGUCUCCUCUUCAAUGAGCUUAAACCAAUUUAGUAGAGAAAAAGAACGAGAGAGAGAGAAAAGGCUUGAGAGUGAAAGUGAGUCUAAAAAGCCAAGAGAGCGUGAUAAAAGACAAGAGUGUGAGGUGCAAAAGUCAAGAGAGAGUGGUGGGGGCGAGAGAAAAGAAAAAUAUCAAAUGAGAGAAAAACCACAAGCACAAGAAAUUUAA